UGCUUUCGGCGGUCCCGUUAGCGCUCCGUUCUCGGGUCGCGGUUUUUCACGGUUUUAGGGCUGCUGGUGACCGGUGCCCGAGCAGGAGCGCCGGUGCGGGCGGGUGUGGACGGUCGCGGGUAGAUGUGCGCAGUAAUCUGCGGAUCGGCGCAGACGGCGGAGGAUUUGCUGUGAUUUAAAUCUGCGCCUGACGGACGGAGGCCGGGAGGAGCCGCUAACGGUGACCCGGUCCGGUCUGUCUGCUGCGGGUCGGAAUUAAAACGCCCACAAACAGCUCGAAGUUACAUUUCCGGGAGUGUCUCUGAGGUCGGACAUGGAAGCUGGAAACGUCAGGGUUUAGACCGCCGCCUUUUAUUUAGUUAAAACACAUAAACUCACUGUUAAAUUUUCAUCAGCUGAAUUUGGUCUUUAUGAUUUUGAAAUUCUGUGAUUUUGUCUCAGGUCGUCUGAAUUUAGCAAACAUUGAUUUUAUCUCAGCAGCACUCAGUUUAUUCACAGUCGUUCCGGUUUCCAUCAUCAUAAAAUCCACCUGAGCAAGUCUUCAGGUGAGCAGGUGUGUUCAGGUGUCGGUCAGAGGUUUCUGGCCCCGGCGCUGACUCCACUCGGGAUUUUUACUGUGAAAAGCGCAGAAGAAGACCCUUACAACCUUCCUGCUGACACAUUAGUGAGCGGUGCCAAAGCUGCCUCUGGAAUCAUGGGAAGUGUAGGCAAAGAUGGACGGCAGUUCCUGGCAACAUUAGCGGCUCCAGCAGAUACAUUUCUCUGAGACGGUUUUUCUGUGGAUGUUUGAGUUUGUGGGUUUGAGCAGACAUGUCAGAUAAAACAGCGCCGCGCUGCCAGCUGAGGCUGGAGUGGAUCCACGGGUACCGGGGCCACCAGUGCCGAAACAACCUGUACUACACAGCUGGGAAAGAUGUGGUGUAUUUCGUGGCCGGGGUGGGCGUGGUCUUCAACACCAGAGAGCACACACAGAAGUUCUACCUGGGACACAACGAUGACAUUAUCAGUCUGGCCAUGCAUCCUGAUAAGAUCCAGGUGGCGACAGGUCAGGUGGGGAAGGACCCGUACAUCUGUAUCUGGGACACGUACGCCAUGCAGACGGUGUCCAUCCUGCGGGACGUGCACACCCACGGAGUGGCCUGUCUCGCCUUCGAUGCUGAUGGACAGCGACUGGCCUCAGUUGGCCUGGAUGCCAAGAACACGGUGUGCGUCUGGGACUGGAGAAGAGGACGUGUCCUCGCCACGGCCACCGGACACUCGGACAGAAUCUUCGACGUGUGCUGGGAUCCGUUCCAGGCCGGCCGGCUGGUCAGCUGCGGAGUCAAGCACAUCAAGUUUUGGACUCUGUGUGGCAACGCUCUGACUCCGAAGCGAGGGAUUUUUGGGAAAACGGGCGACCUGCAGACCAUCCUGUGCGUCUCUGCGGCCAAAGACGAGCUCACGUACUCCGGCGCUCUGAACGGGGACGUUUACGUGUGGCGAGGACUCACGCUGAUGAGGACCGUACAGGCUGCACACGGGGCGGGGAUCUUCAGCAUGCACGCCUGUGAGGAAGGAUUCGCCACCGGAGGGCGAGACGGCUGCAUCAGACUGUGGGAUGUGGACUUCAAACCCAUCACAAAGAUCGACCUGAGGGAGGCAGAGCAGGGCUACAAAGGUCUGUCGAUCCGUAGCGUGUGCUGGAAGGCCGACCGCAUCCUGGCCGGGACUCAGGACAGUGAAAUCUUCGAGGUGAUGGUCCGAGACCGGGACAAACCAGUUCUACUGAUGCAGGGUCACAGCGAGGGCGAGCUGUGGGCGCUGGACGUGCACCCCAAACAGCCCGUCGCCGUCACCGGGAGUGACGACCGCUCCGUGAGGCUCUGGAGCCUUCCUGACCACACUCUGCUGGCUCGCUGCAACAUGGAGGAGUCCGUUCGAAGCGUUUCUUUCAACAAUGACGGUUCUCAGCUCGCUCUGGGCAUGAAGGAUGGCUCGUUUACGGUGCUGCGUGUCAGGGACAUGACAGAGGUUGUGCACAUCAAGGACAGGAAGGAAGUGAUCCACGAGCUGAAGUUUUCUCCGGAUGGUUCUUUCCUGGCGGUCGGGUCCAAUGACGGGAUGGUGGACGUGUAUGCUGUCGCACAGCGCUACAAGAAGGUAGGCGAGUGCAGCCGCUCCGCCUCCUUCAUCACCCACCUGGACUGGUCGGUCGACAGCCGCUUCCUGCAGACCAAUGACGGUGCCGGGGAGCGGCUCUUCUACAGGAUGCCAGCGGGAAAGCUGGUUCCUAAAGAGGAGGCGAAAGGGAUUCACUGGAUGACGUGGACCGGUGUUGUCGGGCCGGAGGUGAACGGCAUCUGGGUCAAAUACUCCAACGUCACCAACGUAAACUCCGUGGACGCCAACUACAGCAGCGCUGUGCUGGUGGCUGGCGAUGACCUUGGCCUCGUCAAGCUCUUCAGGUUCCCCUGCCUGAAGAAAGGGGCCAAAUUUAAGAAGUACAUUGGUCACUCUGCCCAUGUGACCAACGUUCGCUGGUCCAGCGAUCUGCAGUGGGUCAUCAGCACCGGUGGUGCCGACCACGCCGUCUUCCAGUGGAGGUUCCUGCCCGAAGGUGUGAUGAACGGUGUUCUGGAGCCCCUCCUACAAGAGGGUUACGCCGACUCCAACAGCGGCGAGUCGGACUCAGACGUGUCAGAUGUGCCGGAGCUCGACUCGGACAUCGAACAGGAAGCUCAGACCAGCUACGAACGUCAGGUGUAUAAGGAGGACCUGCCACAACUCAAGAAGAAGCUGAUUGGUUCCCUGAAGCGGCAGAAAGCUCCAGAGGAGGGGCUUCGUCUGCAGUUUGUUCACGGGUACCGGGGCUUCGACUGCCGUAACAACCUGUUCUACAGUCAGGCGGGAGAGGUGGUGUACCACGUGGCCGCCGUCGCUGUCGUCUACAACCGGCUGCAGCACAGCCAGAGGUUUUAUCUCGGGCACGACGAUGACAUCCUCAGCCUCGCCGUCCACCCGCUCAAAGACUACGUGGCCUCGGCACAGGUGGGCAGAGACCCGGCCAUACAUGUGUGGGACAUCCAGACCCUGAAGUGUCUGUCGCUGCUCAAAGGACACCACAGCAGGGGCGUGUGUGCUCUGGAGUUCACAGCUGAUGGGAAGAGUUUGAUCUCAGUGGGAUUCGAUGAAUUUCACUCCAUCAUCAUCUGGGACUGGAAGAAAGGAGAGAGACUAGCCAAGGCCAGGGGUCAUAAAGACAAGAUCUUCAUGGUGAAGAGCAAUCCUUUCAGGAUGGACAAACUGGUGACCGUGGGCAUGAAACACAUCAAGUUCUGGCAACAUUCAGGCGGCGGUCUGACCUUCAAACGCGGGAUUUUCGGGAACCUGGGGAAACAGGAGACGAUGAUGUCGGCGUGUUACGGUCGAUCCGAGGACCUCGUUUUCUCCGGAGCCACGAACGGAGACGUUUACAUCUGGAGAGACACGAUGCUUAUCAAGACCAUCAAAGCCCACGACGGCCCCGUGUUCGCCAUGUGCUCCCUGGACAAGGGUUUUGUGACGGGGGGGAAAGACGGCAUCGUGGAGCUUUGGGACGACAUGUUUGAGAGAUGUUUGAAAACGUACGCCAUCAAGCGGGCCGUCCUGUCUCCGUCCUCUAAAGGGCUGCUGCUGGAGGACAACCCGUCCAUCAGAGCCAUCACGCUGGGCCACGGUCACAUCCUGCUGGGAACCAAGAACGGAGAGAUCCUGGAGAUCGAUAAGAGCGGCCCCAUGACGCUGCUGGUGCAGGGACACAUGGAGGGCGAGGUGUGGGGUUUGGCGGCACACCCUCUACUUCCUGUCUGUGCCACCGUCAGUGACGACAAAACUCUGAGGAUCUGGGAGCUGUCAGCCAAUCACCGCAUGGUGGCUGUCCGCAAGCUCAAGAAAGGUGGGCGGUGCUGUGCCUUCUCUCCGGACGGGAAAGCUCUGGCGGUCGGCCUAAAUGAUGGCAGCUUCCUGGUGGUGAACGCUGACACGCUGGAAGACAUGGUGACGUUUCACCAUCGCAGAGAGCUCAUCUCAGACAUCCGCUUCUCCCAAGAUGCGGGGAAGUACCUGGCUGUGGCCUCGCACGACUCUUUUGUGGACAUCUACAACGUCCUGACCAGCAAGAGAGUCGGCAUCUGCAAAGGAGCCAGAAGCUACGUCACUCACAUCGACUGGGACUCCAGAGGUAAGCUGCUGCAGGUGAACACCGGAGCCAAAGAGCAGCUAUUCUUUGAGGCGCCGCGAGGACGCAGACAGAACAUCAGCGUGGCCGAGUUCGAGAAGCUGGAAUGGGCGAGCUGGACGUCCGUUUUCGGUCCCACCUGUGAGGGGAUAUGGCCAACGCUCAGCUUCAUUAACGCCGCCUCGCUCACCAAAGACCGCAAACUGCUGGCCACCGGAGACGACUUCGGCUUCCUCAAACUCUUCAGCUUCCCGUCCAGGGGCCAGUUUGCCAAGUUUAAGAAGUAUGUGGGUCACAGCUCCAACGUGACCAAUGUCCGCUGGUCCAACGAUGACACAGUGUUGCUGACAGUGGGCGGGGCUGAUACAGCGCUGAUGAUCUGGACCAGAGAGCUGCCGGGUCACAAGGAGAGCAAAGCUGUGGACAGCGAGGAGUCUGACGACGACACAGAGGAGGACGGAGGGUACGACAGCGAUGUGGCCCGGGAGAAGGUGGUGGACUACGUCACUAAGAUCUACUCGGCCAGCAUCAGAAACAUGUCAGGAACCAAACCUCACCUGCAGCACAAAGAGCUUCCCGUGGAGGAGAGGCCUCCGGUGAGCCGAGCUGCACCGCUUCCCGACAAACUGCUGAAGAACAACGUGACGAAGAAGAAGAAGGUGGUGGAGGAGCUGGUCCUGGAGCACGUCUUUGGCUACAGAGGCUUCGAUUGCCGUAACAACCUGCACUACCUCAAUGACGGCGCUGACAUCGUCUUCCACACUGCUGCUGCCGUGGUGAUCCAGAACCUGUCAGCAGGAACUCAGAGUUUUUACCUGGAGCACACAGAUGACAUCCUCUGCCUGACCGUCAAUCAGCAUCCGAAGUACCAGAACGUCAUUGCCACCGGGCAGAUCGGUGAGUCCGCGGAGCUCUCUGGCCUCGCCCCGUCCAUCCGUGUGGGACGCAUGACCAAGCAGACACUGUCCAUCCUGCGGUGUUCGCACGAAGGCGUCGGCUACGUUAACUUCAGCGCUACAGGGAAGCUGCUGCUGUCUGUGGUGGAGCCUGAACACACCAUCACAGUGUGGAGGUGGCAGGAAGGCACCAAGGUGACGAGUAAGGGCGGCCACACUGAGCGGAUCUUCGUGGUGGAGUUCCGGCCGGACUCUGACACCCAGUUCGUGUCGGUGGGAAUCAAACACAUCAAGUUCUGGACUCUGGUUGGAGGUUCGCUCAUGUACAAGAAAGGUGUGAUCGGCUCAGUGGAGGACGGCCGCAUGCAGACCAUGUUGUCUGUUGCGUUCGGCGCCAACAACCUGACAUUCACUGGCGCCAUCAACGGAGACGUGUACGUGUGGCGGGAGCAUUUCCUGGUGCGCGUGGUGGCAAAGGCGCACAGCGGUCCCGUCUUCACCAUGUACACCACUCUGAGGGACGGCCUUAUUGUUACUGGGGGGAAGGAGCGACCGACCAAAGAGGGUGGUGCUGUGAAGCUUUGGGACCAGGAGAUGAAGCGCUGCCGAGCUUUUCAGCUGGAGACCGGCCAACCGGUGGAGAGCGUCCGAUCUGUCUGCAGAGGAAAGGGUAAAAUCCUGGUGGGAACCAAGGAUGGGGAGAUCAUAGAGGUUGGAGAAAAGAACGCUGCCUCCAACACCAUGAUCAACGGACACACUCAGGGAGGGAUCUGGGGUUUGACAAGUCACCCUUUCAAAGACGUCUUCAUCUCCGCCAGCGAUGACGGGACCAUCCGAAUAUGGGACCUGGCUGAUAAGAAACUCCUGAACAAGGUGAGUUUGGGCCAUCCUGCCAAGUGCACGUCCUACAGUCCCAACGGAGAAAUGGUUUCCAUUGGCAUGGAGAACGGGGAGUUCAUCGUCCUGCUGGUCAACUCGCUCACCGUCUGGGGCAAGAAGAGAGACCGCAGCGUGGCCAUCCAGGAUAUUCGGUUCAGUCCAGAUAACCGGUUCUUGGCGGUGGGCUCAGUUGAAAGCGCUGUGGAUUUCUACGACCUCUCUCUCGGGCCAUCGCUUAAUCGGAUUGGUUACUGCAAGGACAUUCCCGGGUGUGUCAUCCAGAUCGACUUCUCUGCUGACAGCAGACACAUCCAGGUGUCCACAAGCACCUACACCUGGCAGGUGCACGAAGUUCCCUCAGGGAAGGUGAUCAUGGAUCAGCCCAUCCUAGACAGGAUCACCUGGGCAACCUGGACCAGCAUCGUGGGGGACGAGGUUGUCGGCAUUUGGCCUCGUAACGCCGAGAAGGCCGACGUUAACUGUGCCUGCGUUUCUCACGCUGGAGUCAACAUGGUGACCGGAGACGACUUCGGCCUCAUCAAGCUCUUCGACUUCCCCUGCGCCGAAAAAUUUGCGAAGCACAAGCGUUACUUUGGCCACUCGGCUCACGUGACCAACAUCCGCUUCUCCUGCGAUGAUAAAUAUGUGAUCAGCGCUGGCGGCAGCGACUGCAGCCUGUUUGUGUGGAAGUGUCAGUGAGGUCCCUGCAGUCCUGUUGGGUUCACAAGAGUCUCCUCCUCUUCUCCUCUGAUGCUGCUCCCCCGACU